AUGUCGAAAGCAUCCCAGCCCGAACUCAAGAAGUUCAUGGACAAAAAGCUGUUCGUUCAUCUACAAGGUGGCCGAAAGGUUAGCGGUAUCUUGCGAGGCUAUGACCUCUUCCUCAAUUUGGUCAUCGAUGAUGCCCUUGAGGAGAGUAGUCCAGCCCAGAAACAUCCAAUCGGGACGGUGGUCAUUCGGGGUAACAGCGUAACGUCGAUGGAAAUUCUGGAAUCGACAAGAUAG